GCCAGGAUGGAUAGGACUUCUUUAGGAAGGGGUGCCAGCUCCAUGAGCAGGUCUUUCUGAGACCAUCAACAAUUGUCCUAGACGAUUCCCUCUAAUCAUGGAGAAUCUGAUGUUGUGGCUGAGCCAGUCUUCCUGGGAGAGGCAUCGGGCUCAGGCUACACAGAUCUGCGUGGUGUACUUUAGGGCUGCAACAGGAGUGGGGCAAGCUUGAAGGUCUUUCCUUGGAGAAUGCUUUCUUGUAAGCAAUGCUGCUCCUGGACAAAGACAGAGUAGAGUCCAGGAUCCCACAAAAGGUGCUGCCUGGUCUUCUAAGCCUGGCAUCUCAAUAUAGAUCACAACAUGGCUUCCAGUGACAUGGCAGACAGCACUAAGACGACCAGCUCCAGCAUUUCAGAAGUGCUAGACCUCUGUCAGGUUGAUGCUGAGACCAUUCUUGGCAACUUGGGGUUCACAGAAGAAUUAGCACAGGCUGCCACUUGGAUUCCUGCUCGGUUCUUCUCUCUUCCAUCCCAAGCUGAGGGCAUCAAUUUCCAGCUCUUUCUAAGAGCUCAGAUCCAGCGGAUUGAGAUGGAGGAUCCUUGCCUGAUGUUAGUAAGUCGGUUCAGACAUGUCCAAACUCCGGGUACAACAGCUGAUGAUUGCUUCUGCCUCUAUUCAUAUAUAUCUAAGACACCAGUGCAGGAGAUCCCACCUGGCCACUUGUUCUGGGCCUUUCCAGAAAUCCCAGAUUCCUGGGAUGUUCCUUCCCAGCCAGAGUCUUCCUCUCCUCUUCAUAGCUUGCAAAAAGCGAUGUGCUUGUAUACCUCGCCCCCGAAAGAAUGGCCUCCAAGAGCAUUCAGUAUGGAGUCUCCUGUGAACUGCCUGAAACAGGAAAUGUGGGAAGUGAUAGAAGAGGCUCACAAAGACCUAUUUCCAUUUAACAUGGAGGACAUGGAGGAUGACAUGCAAGCAGUGCCAAUUAGACACUCAGUUUGCCACAGUAGAAUGGGCAGAAGGAUGGCUUCUUCAGUGUCUGCCUUCAUAGAGGCAGCUCCUGUGAUUUCUCCCUGCUGCUACUGUGACACUCCAUCGUAUUCUUGGAAAAACACAGAAAUAUCCUUGCCAGGAUUAACAGGAUGGCUUUCUUUCCCCUUUCGUGGGACAAGAAAGAAGAAGUUGGACAAUGUUGGCCGUCAAGAGUUAUGCCAUUUUGGAGAUCUUUCUCCCCCAGAGGCUGCCUCUCCAGAUGAAAGUAGUGAAGAAUCGGAUGAAGAGUAACCCCAUGAGUGGAGAAAAGGACCGUAUGGACACCUUGAUCGGGUUAUAAUUUAGUGUGUGCACAAAGAACAGGAAUUUAACCUAUCAUACAUCAUCUUAAUCAUGUACUCU